AUGGAUCGUGCCUUUCAAACGUUCCGACAACGACCAUAUUCAUCGGCUAUCGAACUGUUGCAUGAGAUUCGAUCGAUUUGCGAGAAUGCUUUCGAUUUGCACCAAAGCCGCGACGAUCCAGUGAAUGGAGUGGCGAAAGAUGUGCAUGAUUUCAUCCACGAGCUCUUCGAGGAACAGGAUCGUUUGAAGAAUGGCGGUGAAAAUGGCUUUGAAGGGGAGGAGAAUUUCGACACUUUCCCCCAAAACCCAUCAACCUCAAAAGAAAGCAACGAGCAUUUGGUCACCGCCAACGUCACUCCGACAAACGCUCAGCAGAUCAAUUUGCUUUUGCUAAAUGAGGUUCUCCAACAACGCCAAAUGACAGCCGAGCUCGGCGUUCGACUCAUUCAAAUUUUGGCGGCUCAAAACGAAACGAACAAACCGAUACAACAAGUCGGAAAUCUCGGCACGACAACGAGCACUGGGAAGCGAAAAUUAUGCUGGGAUCAGCACUCCGACUCCGAUGAAGAAGAUAUCGUUGAAAAUAAUGGAAAU